AUGCCUCUCAUCAUGAAUGCCGACGUAGGCAAGCUCAAUGGCCUGGCACCACGGUCCUGCGAGCUGUGCCACAAGAAAGAGGGCGUCGCCCGCUGCUCGGCCUGCCUGGCGGUUUUCUACUGCGGGCGAGAAUGCCAGGUCAAGGACCGUGAUUUCCACAAGACGCCGUGCACCCUCAUCAAAAAGAACCGUCUCCGCUACGAGUCGGAGGAGAAGAAGCUGCGCGAGAUGCCAAGCGGACCCUUCCUCCCUGAAAACGUGUUCGAGGACCAUGUCGGCCACUUUUGGGGCAUCUUGGAGACGCGCCCAUACAUACGUGCGCGCUAUGCAUUGGUGGACGCGAUGCUGAUAAGCUACGGUACCGCCGGCGGCCCCGUGGACGUGGUGCAGAUGUCCCUGGAUCAUCUCCUCGACAUGAUGAGGCUGUGUCGCUCGGAUAACCUGGGCCUGCGCGAACUGAUACCCGCGCUAUAUAUUCGACUUGGGAAAGACCAGGACGCCUACGACUUCAUGAAGUGGUACGCGACUACCGGGCAGAAGAUGGACUACAACUGGGGUGACAUGGAAGAACCGUUCCUGGACACCAAGGACGCGGACGUGUUGGAAGCGCCGGUAAAGAGCUGGAAAGGCCGCGUUCUCGAUCUGAACCAUGUCGUGGCCGUGGUGCUCAUCAAGGUGCGAAUUAUGCUCGACCUGCAGGUGAUCCAGAAUGCCAGGAUUGCGGACCGCGGCGAUAAUCCGGAAGAAACCAUCAAGAUUAUAGCCGAGCCGCAGGAGACAGCACGACUGGCUGCUAAAAUCAAAAAACAAAUCAAACAACUAUACGACGCCGUCGGGUCAUACAACUGGCACUUUUGGGACCUGCUGGUUGAGGAUCCUGAUUGUGGCGUUUUGCGCAGACCAGCCUCAUACUCGCCGCAGUCGAAGGACGAGGCUACAGUGGUAGUCAAAUACAGCUAUGCGUCAUGGUAUAAGACGCCUGGAGCAGUGAACGUCCUUCGGAAUCUGAGCGAGGAGGAUGAAGUUCUGGCCGGUCGAGGAUGA